CGGCGCGGCCACCUAAUCAAAACCGACAAGUUACAUCAAAUCCAUGGCGGGCGUGGUGGAGAGUGUGCAGCAGUGCGACCAGCCUCCGAGCAAGCAGCUGGCCGGCGCCGUGCGCGGCAAAGUGGAGGCGGCGGAGGCUGCGGCGGUGGCGGCGGCGGCGUCGCUGAGGAUUUUUGGGUACGAGGUGGGCGCUGCUGGUGGUGGUGGUGGCGGAGGCGUGGUGGCGGCGGCGGCGGGCGCAAGGAGGGAGGCGGCGGACGUGGUGGUUGGGGCGGGGCGGAGGUUCGAGUGCCAGUACUGCUGCCGCGAGUUCGCCAACUCGCAGGCGCUGGGCGGGCACCAGAACGCGCACAAGAAGGAGCGGCAGCAGCUGAAGCGGGCGCGGCUCCAGCUCGCCGUCGCCGCCGGGGCAGCGGCGACGGCGGGCAUGGGGUUUGCAGCGCAGGCGCCGCCGCAGCCGGGGCACGUGAUCGCCCUGGGACACGCCGCGGGCGGCUCGGUGGCGGCCUACGCGGCGCCGGCGGGCGCGCUGCCCAGGUGGGUCUACCUCGCGCACCACCUGCAGCCCGCGGCGGCGGUCGGCCUGCCGUUCCACCACCACGCUGUUCAGGCGGCCGCCGGCGGCGGCGCGUGCCACGGUGACGUCGAGACGACGACGCGGCUGCUCAGCAGCGUCGCUGCGGGGCGGGCCAGCAGCGGCAGCAGCGCUCACUCGUACGAGGUGUGUGCUCCUUCCGCUCCGGCGGAUGACGGCGACGAGGAAGCCUCGGCGAUGGGGCUGGACCUCCAUCUCAGUCUAGCUCCGGCGAGCUCGGCGUGAUCUGAUCGACUCGGUAGCAAGUCCGGCGCCUCGCCGACGACGACGAAUUAACAUGUAUUGUUCUCGUGUGUAUCCCUUCAUUAAUUUUCUUCCCAUUUUUUUAGGGCAAACCCUGUUAUAUUUUCGUUAAUUGUUCGCAGCACAUCUCGCAACAAACGCAAGGUUGAGAGAUAAAUAUAUACGAUCGAGCUUGGCCAAUCAUCAAGCUAAAUACUCUUAUAUUUGUAUACUUAUACAGUUGCCUCCACUGCGUUUGGUGUAACUAUAGUUAAUUC